UGCAUAUCGGUUAGGUUAAGGCCAGGGGUCUACCAUGUUGAUAAGAGCACCAUACUAAAUCACAUCCUGAGACCAUUAUUUCGCGGGACCUCCGUAAGAACGCACGACUGUAAACAUGGUCCGUCUCCGUGAGUAUGCCCCUAGGACCCUGGGGAGCGAGAAAGUUCGACAGUUCCAGUGGGACACUGAUUCCGGAAUGUCCGUGUCCGUCAUCUCUUAUGGAGCCGCGGUAUAUUCCAUCCAUAUACCCGACAAAAAAGGCAUAGUCGCCGACGUAUGCCUCGGGUACGACGACAUUGAGAGCUACGCGAAGAUCAACACACCUACCCUGCUUGGAGCGCCAGUUGGGCGAGUUAUCAACCGCAUCAGGGACGCUCGGUUUCAACUGGACGGCCAAACGUACCAUGUCGCGCAGAAUUUCGGGAGACACUUCUUACAUGGAGGCUAUGAGGGUUUCAAUAAGAAAAACUGGAAUGUAGAGAUCGACGGCAACCGAGUCGUGUUCAGCUACUUAUCCAAAGAUGGCGAAGAAGGUUUCCCCGGAGACUUAAUCACCACCAUCAUCUACGAGGUCACCGAAGACAUGAUCCUCCACCAGGAAUUCAUUGCCACCACCAGCAAGAAGACUAUUGUAAAUUUGGGCAACCACGCGUAUUUUAACCUAGGAGGGCACGAUGCGGGCGCUGAGGCGCUGUAUGAGCACAUUGCUUUGAUUAAUUCGGACAAGAUAACCGAUGGAGACGAGGACUUCGUGCCAAACGGCGAGUUCAUUGCCGUUGGUGGCACUCCCUUUGAUCUUCGCACACCCAAGCGGUUGGGUGACCUCAUCAGAAACGCUGGGCCCAUCUUCCAUCACAACUUCUGUGUUACAAACUAUAACGAAAAGACGCUAAACUUCGUCGCGCGCAUGAACCACCCGCCUUCAGGCCGCUCCCUCGAAGUGUACAGCAACCAGCCCGGCCUGCAGUUCUACACUGGCUACUACCUCCCUCACCCGCCUGAACUCCCUCUACCUGGUAGAGGAGGCACCGGCUACCGGCGCCAUGCUGGCUUCUGCCUCGAAACACAGAAUUAUCCCGAUGCCAUCAACCAUCCUAACUUCCCUAGCCCUAUUCUGAAACCUGGUGAGGUGUACAAACAUAGGGUUCAGUACAGAUUUGGCGUUGAUAAGUGAGAUUGUGCUUGUAAAAAGGUACCUUGUGAUCUAAUUAUCAAUGAUUAUAUUUGGUUUUAUUAAAGUAAAGCUUAGGCAUUGUUGGAGUCGACGACCAAUGCAAUGAUAUAUAGGGAUAAUUGCGGCAUAAGAUACCUUUUUGUAACUUAGAUAAGAUGACGAUUUUGUUAAUUGGUUUGUAAAUAAAGUCAUAAGAAUAAGAAAUGGUGUUUAUUAUGUAAAAUAUACUAAAAUAACAAAAUUAAGAUUAAUCAUUAUUUAAACUUAAGAUUAUUGUAACACUGGAGAAUAAUGUAUUUUAAAUGCAUUAUACUUGAUUUUAUUAAAUAAUGAUAUAUGAAAAUUACAUACCUAUAAUAUAUGAUAAUAAGAUAGUUAGCCGCAUAUAAUGUUUUUUACUUUGUUAAACUAUUGCGACUCAUCAUCUCUAAGUCUUCUAAAUUACUCAUUGGACUACUACUUAAACGCGAUUUGGUGAAUUAUUUUUCACCUCAGCAGCUCGAACAAGCCUACUUUCGUCACUCCCUGGAGUGAGGAAAGUGCGACUUUCCUCACUCCAGGGAGUGAAACAAAGUAGCUUUUUCAUUUAGUGAACUGAAGGCCAUGA